UAGCUGAAAAAGGCCAGGCAUUUUUACACUUUCAUAAAAAUCCUUUAGUUCUGGUUUGUGGUCCUGUUGAAAUGCUUGAGGAUUUCAUAAUGAGUAAGGAAAAAAUAAAUGCUAUUAUUAGAAAUACUGCAGCAUAGAAGCAGCCUUUAUAUUAACUUAGCUACAUUUUAAUGACACACAUUUAAGUGUAACAAUAUCCUGGAAAUGGGUUUAAACCACCAGAGUCCAGGUCCUAACAGCUUAAUCCUGCAAAUGUUUUAUAGCCAUGUGUAAUCUUAGAAAUGUCUUGUGACUGGGAAACAAAAAAAUAAAAGGAGGAUAUUUACUGAUGGUAGGUAGAGCUGUCAAUUACAAUAAUUGAAGGUUGUGUCAUUUCAUCAGCUGAAUCUACAUGUUGAAUACGAAUUUAGACUUGCAUGGACCUUUAAGAACUUCUAAGAAUAUUUUAAGAAUAUCUAUAAACUCAGCUAUCAAAAUAAGAAAAGAGUGGAAAAGACUUGGGGUUUCUGCCUCUUUACCCCAUGGAACAGACUUUCCUGUUCCUAGUGAAAUGUAAAUAGACCUAAAAAAUUUGAGUGGUGGGACAAUACAUUCCUAAAGACCAGGGAAAAUAAACCCUGAAAGAUAUGUGUAAUUCAGUGACAGAAAACUAAAAUGACACUGAGAAAACCUAACUUCCUUCUUGAUCUUGCUACUGAUCAACAAAUUAAUAAAUGGAUAGGGAGCUGCUGUGUGCUUCAGUUUGCCUGCAGGGAAUUUACUUUUCUGGCUGAGGUAGAUUGGGAGCUCUACAGGAUCCUCUGGUACGUGGAGUGUGGCACUUUGAGGAUCUGAUCUCAGCCCUUGGACACAUUUUCAAAUAAAUAACAGCAACAUUUGAUUCUACAGUACUGCUUGGCAGAAAAUGCAUUUCUAACAAUGGAGAUGGUGCAAAAGGUCUGCUUUUAAUGCUUUUCCUAUUAAUACACAAACCCACUUCUGUCCUGGAUCUGGUGCCAUCUGAAAUCUGGUUUUCCACUGUGCAUGUCAUUCACUAAUAUCCUGAAUCACUGCUGAAGGGAAGGAAAAUGGCAAACCAGAAUCUCUCUGGGACUGAGGUUGUCCUUGGACAGAUGGAAGCCAAAAUUUGCAAUGUUUGCAGAUCAGUUUGGUGCCCGAGCAGCCUUAAUUCUUUCCUGUGCAUCUGGGAGCAUCUUCUUCCUGCUUAUGUCCCUCUCCACCAGCAUCCCCCUCCUCUUCCUCUCCAGGCUGCCAGCAGUGUUCAUGCAUGGGAUGCCAGGUGCUCAGAAGGUUAUUACAGACAUGACUGCUCCCUCCCAACGUGCUGGUGCUUUGGGGAGGCUGGGCCUUUGCUUUGGAGUGGGCAUCAUUGCUGGCUCUGCCAUGGGAGGUGUUCUGUCCACCAAAUUCGGCAUUUAUGUUCCUACCUAUGUUGGGCUGGUGGGAAGUCUCAUCAACACCCUGAUAGCAAUGGUUUGGAUCCCUUCGCAGACUAAACCAAAGUCAGACCAUCACAUGACAGAGCACAGCACAUCACGGUCUGGCAGCUUGUUUAGCAUCACAGAAAUCCUGCGCCUGAUGAAGUUCCCGGGAGUAAUGGAAGUUUUCAUAGUCAAGGUCUUUGCUGGACUUCCCAUAGGUUUGUUCAUGAUUAUGUUUUCCAUCAUCUCUAUGGAUUUCUUUGGCUUGGAAGCAGUGGAGUCUGGAUAUCUGAUGUCAUAUUUUGGUGUCCUUCAAAUGGUUGUCCAGGGUUUGGUGGUUGGGAAGCUCGCUAGUCACUGCACAGAGAUGACCCUGCUCCGACUCAGCGUCUUUGUCUUUGCUGGUGUGGGCCUAGGCAUGGCCCUGAUGAGGACUGUGUGGCACUAUUGCAUCAUUGCAGUGCCGCUGGUGUUUGCCUUCAGCAUGCUGGCCACCAUCACUGACAGCAUCCUCACCAAGGCUGUGCCCUCCUCUGACACUGGUGCCAUGCUUGGGAUUUGUGCCUCAGUGCAACCCUUGACCCGGACGGUGGGUCCAACCAUUGGUGGAGUUUUAUAUAAACAAUUUGGAGUCUCCUCCUUCGGCUAUUUACAGCUAGUGGUCAAUUUAGGUUUGUUUGUUUACCUCUUGAAGAGUAAAAUCCCACUGGGAGACGUGAAAAGCCAAUAAUACAGUUGUAAGAAAGUAACUCCCUUAUUUUUUCCAUAGAAACAAAUUCUUGAGUUUUAUUUUUGAUUCCGUAAGCCUAGAAUAAAACAAUUUGAACAAUC